ACAGCUCAUAUUAAGCUGUGGUACUGUCAUUAACGGAUAAGCGAGUUUUUCAACAUUGAUAGAAUAGCAUAACUCACACUAUUCAUUAAUUCCUUAGAAAAUAUGCGAAAAACCCAGAAGGGCAACUAGGGGCAGCUGAAAUUUGUUUUGUUCGUUAGCUUACAGUCUGAUCUACAAUUUAAACUAGGCUGGGGACAUUAAGCACCGAUGGCUCUUGUAAAUCCUUUGACACGCGAGCGAAUGGCUUUGUUAGGUCGGAAGGCAUAGCGGUAGUGGUUUUACAAAGAGCAAAGAAUUCAAAGAGGAUCUAUGCCCAAGUGGUCCACGCCAAAACAAACUGUGACGGCUUCAAAGAACAAGGAAUCACUUUUCCAUCCAAAUAUUCUCAAAUGGACCUGCUGAAUGAUUUUUACAAAGAUUGUGAUGUGGACAGAUUCAGUUUGAGUUUCUUAGAAGCUCAUGGUACAGGAACUAAGGCAGGUGACCCACAAGAAUGUGAUGCUAUCGAUAGCAUCCUCGUUAGCGGUCGGAAGAAACCGCUUUUGAUAGGAUCUCUUAAAUCCAAUAUGGGACACACAGAGGCAGCUGCAGGUCUUUGCUCCAUUAUAAAGUGCGCUCUGGCAAUGGAAACUGGUUACAUUCCUCCAAAUAUCCAUUUCGAGACACCCAAUGAUGAAAUCAAUGGGCUAGUAGAAGGUAGAAUGAAGGUCGUGGUGGACAAAACACCUUUAGAAGAGGAAAAUGCUUUAAUUGCUGUCAACUGUUUUGGCCUUGGUGGCGCAAACGCUCACAUAUUAUUGAGAAGAAAUCUAAAGCGGAAGUCCAUAUCUAAAGAAAACCUGCCCAGAUUGGUAUGCGUAAGCGGAAGGACGGAAGAAGCCAUUACUGCAUUGACUGAUCAAAUUGACUCUAACGGAAUGGAUGCCGAGUACAUAAGGUUAUUGCACGAAGUGUUCAGGAAGAACAUACAAAAUCACCUGUAUAGAGGAUACACUAUAGUGUCACAAUGUGGGGGACUCUCGAAAACAUCUGCGUUUUGCCCAGAACAGGGCAAAACUCUACAUUUAGCAUUUGGCAAAUUAAAUGACUGGUAUGAAAUUGGCAAUGAGCUUAUGAUUUUCCCGAAGUUUCAUGAGUCUAUCUUAAGGAUACAAGAUAAUUUAACAGACAAGAAUAUUGACCUUUCAAAAGUACUCCUUGGUGAGCAGAUAUCCGAUAAAGAUUCCAUCCCAGUACUUGGUCCAGUAGCAGUCCAAAUUGCUCUGGUACACCUUUUGAAUUCAAUAAACAUCGAAUGCAGUGGCAGCUUUGGAUGUUCUGUUGGAGAGUUAGUUUCUGCUUAUUACAAUAAUGCUUUAUCAUUGGACGAAACGAUCGAUUGCGCUUGUAUCUUAAACCAAGUUAUUUUAAAUGAGGCAAAAUUACUUCAACCACCCACUAAUAAGAGAAAUCAUACACUAACUGUAAAUCACACCAUGCACAACGACUACAGUGCAAACGGUGGAGUUCUAAAAAGCCUAAUAGAAGAACUAUCUGGAAGUGCAAGGCGGGAAAAUAAGUUUAAAUCGGCCGAUUUAGUGAGAGCUUUAACAAAAAAUCGCCACAAUGACAUCGAUGACAUGAAAACGAACUGUACUGUAUUGAAAAUAGGCAAUUUUCCUCUUUUUGACAGUAAAGAAUUUACUAUAAUCUCUCUUUUUGGAGGUAACAGUGGUAAUAAGGUUGUGGAGUUUCUGGAAGGAAUUGGAAGCUUAUAUAUUAAGGGUUACAAUCCCCAUUUCGAAAAACUGUAUCCACUAGUAGAUUUCCCGGUUAGCAGAGGCACCCCCAUGAUCUCUCCCUACAUCAGGUGGAAUCACUCUGCGGAAUGGUUCGUACCACAGUUCCAUUUAGACCACGUUAAUCAGACGAAACAAGGAAUCAAACAUUACAGAAUCGAUUUGUCCGAUCCUCAGUGGGCUUUUAUCGCAGGACAUGUAAUAGGAGGGAGAGUUUUAUUCCCUGCUACGGGGUACCUGUACUUAGUGUGGGAAACAUUCUCAAUCGUAUACGGCGUAUCUCUGAAGGCUUCUCGAGUCUCACUGAGGAAUUGUAAAUUCUUGAGGGCCAUCGGUAUGCCAACAAAAGGCAGGGUAGAGUUCACAGUGUCCAUCCUGAGUAGCAGCGGGGAAUUCGAAGUGGUUGAAAGCAAUUCCACUGUAGUCACCGGCACUAUAAACUUUUUACCGAAAGAUGAAGGGAAUACCUGGAACUUUGCAUCUCCAAGUUUAACAGAUCAUGGUAAAAAGUUGAGCAAAAAGGAAGUGUAUAAAGACUUGCGCUUGAGAGGAUAUUGCUAUAGCGGAGAAUUUAGCAUGAUUGAAGAAUAUUACUUCAGUGCUUCCACGGCAUACGUGAAGUGGCAAGAUAAUUGGAUUACGUUCAUGGACAAUGUGAUGCAAUGCAAGAUUUUACAGAACGACAGUAGAUUGUUGGAAGUUCCCAUAUUUAUCUCCCAAGUAAAUAUAGCGGCGGACGUUCAUUUUGACUGGAUAAGAGAAACACUUGAAGAUACGGCUCCACUCGUGCCGGUUUACAGCGAUAUAACCACAGGAGAAGUAACAUGUGGAGGAAUAACCAUAUCUGGAAUUGUGGCUAGUACCAUUGCAGGAAGGAAAAGUUUAAAGAAGCCUUUAUUGGAGACCUAUGAAUUCGUUCCCAACUUCACAGAAUUAGAUUUGCACAAGUCUGUUAGAGUAAACGUUCAAAUAGUCAUAGAAAAUUCGUUGGUACGUAAAUUCAGAGCUGUGGAGCUUGUAGAUGAAUAUUCAAAUGACGAAGCGGAACUUUUAACGCCUAUUAUAAAGUCGGCUGUACGAGACGAGCCUCUAAUACAACAUUCUGUUAAAAUUCUGAGUGCAAAUAAACUUGAUGUAGACGUUGAAGUAGAAGACAAAAUGUUAGAAACCGAAAGCAACGCAGUGCUUGUGAUCGCUUCCAAAGUUAUCCAGAGGCCAGAGGUUAUGAAGUCAGCUUUCACGGCUGUAAAAGAAAACGGCUUCGUCAUGUCCCGUGAAAGCCAUUGUUGUGAUACUGUAAGCGACACUUAUCCUGACAUUAUAAUCGUAACCAUGCACAAAACACCGUCUGAAACUUUAUUACUCCUUCGGAAAAAGUCUCUUCAGCGAAAAACGCAUGCAUGUAUAGAAAUAAAUUCCUCGGAAAACUUCUCUUGGUUAGCGAAAAUGCAGGAGACCAUUAGCAAGAACUUGGAGGAAGACCUCAUGCUCCAUUCCAAUAACCCAACGAGUGGAAUUCUGGGCUUGGUGAAUUCUUUGAGGAAAGAAUCGACUAGCAUGGACGUCAGAUGUGUUUUUCUUAUGAAUGAAAGUGAAAAGUUCAAUCCAAACUGUGACGAGUUGAAGAAAAACAUGGCAAUCAACGUUUAUCAAGGAGGACAAUGGGGCACUUUUAGGCAUCUGCUGUUAAGGGGCUCGAAUAUUCUAGAAAAGGAACACUGCUUUGUGAAUGUUACAUCGAGAGGGGGUUUGUCCUCUUUAAGUUGGAUACAGGGUCCCCUUAAACUCCAUACGAUACCAGAAUCAGGGAAGGAGUUGGUACACGUGUACUAUGCCUCCAUAAACUUCAAAGAUGUAAUGAUUGCUAGCGGAAAAAUUAAUAUAGAUUCGAUAAUAUCCGAUAGACUGGAUCUUUGUUUGGGAUUUGAUUUUUCUGGAAAGAACAAAAGAGGAUGCCGUGUCAUGGGUAUCUUCCAGAAAGGAUGCCUAAGCAAUUUAUUAGUAGUUGACAAGUCUCAAAUAUACUGCGUGCCCGAUGCGUGGACUCUGGAGGAAGCAGCCACAGUUCCCGCAGUUUACACCACCACGAUUUAUGCCCUAAUUAUGCGUGGUUGUAUGAGGAAGGGCGAAAGCAUUUUGAUCCAUUCUGGCGCUGGAGGUGUUGGGCAAGCUGCUAUCAAUCUCGCUCUUCAUUACGGGUGCAAAGUGUUUACCACGGUCGGCAACCAUGCCAAACGGAAAUUUCUUAAGAUGACGUACCCGGAACUGACAGAUGAAAAUAUCGGCAAUUCUCACGAUGAGACAUUCGAACAGAUGGUGUACAAAGGGACGAACGGCAGAGGCGUUGACAUAGUCCUAAAUUCCUUGGCAGAGGACAAACUGGUAGCAUCAGUGAGAUGUCUCGCCACCGGAGGCAGGUUCCUGGAAAUAGGAAUGUUUGACAUGUUGAGCAACAACCACCUCAACCUGUUGCUUUUCAGGAAGCAAGCUAGUUUUCAAGGCGUUAUGUUGGAUCAAGUAUACGACGAAUCCACAAAGCGUGAAAUUGGAAAAACGUUGCAGAAACUAAUUGCGGAGGGUGGUGUUAAACCUUUAAAUAGGAACAUUUUCAAAUGCGACGAGAUCGAACAGGCAUUUCGAUUCAUGGCUUCCGGUAAACAUAUGGGCAAAGUGUUGGUCAAGGUUCGAGAGGCUGAAGAACACCGUGUCGGAAUACCUCCUAAGCACAGCUUGUGUGGCAUAGCCAGGUAUUACUGCGAUCCUGAGAAAGUGUACAUAAUUAUCGGCGGUUUAGGAGGUUUCGGUUUGGAACUGGCUAACUGGUUAGUCCUGCGAGGUGCCAGGAAGCUAAUGUUGUCGUCAAGGAAAGGAAUUAGUACUGGAUAUCAACACUAUAGAGUUAGGUUAUGGGAGUCUCAGGGAAUUACCAUCAAAAUAUCCACCGCUCCUGUGGCAAAAAGAGAAGGUUGUGAGCAACUGCUCGAAGAAGGCUCCCGACUAGGUCACAUCUGCGCUAUUUUCAAUUUAGCCCUGGUACUGGAAGAUGCGAUUUUUGAAAACCAAACUCUAAAAUCAUUUACCGCCACUUUCGAACCCAAAGCUAUCGCCACAAGGCACUUGGACGACCUUACGAGAACAAUUUGUCCUGAUUUAAAAGACUUUGUUGUAUUUUCGUCCUAUGUUGGUAGAAGAGGCAAUGCUGGACAAACAAACUACGCAAUGGCGAAUUCCGUGAUGGAAAGGGUAUGCGAGAAACGCAAACGAGACGGAUACCCGGCACUGGCAAUCGAAUGGGGCCCAAUUGGUGAUGUCGGCAUAAUUACCGAAACGAUAGGAGAUCGCGAUAUGGAGAUAGGCGGAACUUUACAGCAGUCGAUUUCCAGCUGCCUUCAAGUUUUGGAUACAUUACUGACACAAAGGGAAGCCUCUGUAGUGUCCAGUAUGGUGGUGGCAAACAAGCAGGAACCAAUAUCUACGGAUAAUAUUGUGGACGCACUUAUCAAUAUUUUAGGACUACGGGAUGCCAAAUACGUCAGCCUACACUCCACACUACCGAAACUCGGCAUGGAUUCAAUGACAACCGUGGAAGUCAAAUUAACUUUAGAGAUAGAUUUCGGAAUAUUUCUUUCUACAAAGGACUUGAGAGGGAUGAAUCUAGCGAGGUUGAAGGAGCUGCAUGAAAAGAAAUCGGGACUUUGCCAGAACAGCGCGAACGGAGACCUUGAAAUAGAAAUGAUUUUUAAAUUGUCAGAGGAAGAACUAGAUAGCAAAAUAUCAAGCGUUCGAGUAGUACCUGAGCUAGAUAAAAUUUCGGGGCCAGCUAAAAUAGUAUUGUUUCCUGGUAUUGAAGGAUUUGCUACGGUAUUUGAAAACCUUACAAAAGUGCUAGGCCGGGCCGUGGCCUUACAAUAUCCGGCAGAUGGCCAAACUACCAGUGUCUCAAAAAUCGUAAAAUCUCUGGUGCCUGUGGUGGAGAAGCUGUUGACAAAAGAUGAACCCUUCACGAUUGUGGGUUAUUCCUUCGGCGUGCUAAUAGCAGCGGAGAUAGUCAACAUAUUAGAAAGUAAAGGAUACGCGGGAACUCUGAUAUGUAUAGACGGCGCUCCGCUAUUUUCGAAGACUAUAAUGAAGAAUUUAAAUGAGGAAUCUGAACUGUUCGUUCAGAACAGUUUGAUAUACCAAUUGUUGUCCUGCUGUAUACCACUUGGUGAACUUGCUAAAAAUAAGGUGGAUAUAUUUAAAUGCCAAACAUGGGAAGAAAGGGUAAAUCUUGCAAUCGAAUCAGUUAAAAAAAACGCUCCGCUCAAGGCGGACUAUCUAGGCUUGGUCUCCAACACCAUCUACAAGCGGAUGAAAUGUGUUGAUAAUUACGUGCCUUCCUACAGAAAUUUAAGGUCAAAUGUAAAACUGUUCAAAGCAACUGCUUCCAUCAUUCAAGAUAUCGCGGAUGACUACGGAUUGUCAGCGUUCUUUGAGAAGCCCGUCGAGAUUCGGUUGUUCGAAGGAAAUCACGAGACGAUCCUAGAAAACGAGAAACUAGCGGAUGCUAUAAAUACUUCCAGUUUGAUGACAAAUUGACAUUAUGUAGAAAUGUAUUAGGUACCAGAAAAUAGUUUUUUCUUGAAACAACAAAUAUUCGUUAUAUCAAAAUAAAUUUAUAUUUAACAUGGU